CAGCUCUGCGUAGCCGGGCGUCUUCUCUUGACUCACCGCCUCCUCCUGCUGGCACCACCGCCACCACGGCCACCGCCACCACCGCCACCACGGCCACCGCCACCACGGCCACCGCCACCACGGCCACCACCACAGGGCUGUCGCGCCAGCUGCUGCAGAGAGCGCUUCAAUUAGCCAGGGUCAAGGCUCCCACGGGGCGUCCUCCCCGACGUGCCCCGGCGGCCCCGGCGGCCCCGGCGGCCGUGGCCAGCGCCGUGGCCAGCGCCGUGAGCAGCAAAGCCAGCGCCGCGAGUGGCGUUAGCGCCGUCAGCUCCGUGAGCAGCUCCGUCAGCUCCGUGAGCAGCUCCGUGAGCAGCAACGUCAGCUCCGUGAGCAGCAACGUCAGCUCCGUGAGCGGCGUUAGCGCCGUCAUCUCCGUGAGCACUGCCUUGAGCAGCAGCGUCAGCGCCGUCAGUGCCAUGAGCAGCUCCGUGAGCAGCUCCGUGAGCAGCUCCGUGAGCAGCGCCGUCAGCGCCCGCUCCUCGCGCCCCAUCCGGGUGCCCAAGCGCUACGCGGACGACGACGUCGCCUCGUUCGCUCCGCCCCCCAAGGCCGCCCGCCGCGACCACCGCGACCACCGCCCCCCCGCGCCGUUCCCGGCCCCCGAGGGCCGCCGCUGGAAGUCGCUGGGGCCCCGGCAGGGCGGCGCCGGCGGCGCCGGCGGUGCCGGCACUGCCGGCAGCGCUGCCGGCGCCGACGGCGGCGGCGGCGGCGCGGCGCUCCGCGCUGCGUGA